CUCAUCGGAUAAAAUAAACCACUGACCCAUCGAUUCAAAAUCGCACGGAAUUUGAUAACAAGAAAAAUUCAAAUUCACCCAUCUCAACACAACGUAACACUUGUUCAUCGAUUCAAUUCCAUUCAAUCCAAUUCUCCUUCUUCUUUGUUAUUGUUCCAGUUCUUGAACUGACCCAGCUCAACUUCUCACCUAAUUCUUGGAAUUCCGAAAAAGCCCUUUUUCUAGUCACCAAAUGUUCCACCCUUUUUCCUCCGUUUAGCCGUCACCAGCACCCACCACCCGCCGCCGAUCUCAGCCAAAGAUGAUCGUGCGCACCUACGGACGCCGCAACAGACCCCUCUCGGGAACGUGCUCGGGAUCCUCCUCGCUCAACGACGACGUUUCGGAGCCCUUCUCGCAGGAGACCGGCGACCCUCUCUGCGCCUUCGCUUUCUCUUCGCAGGACUCCUCGUCGCAGCAUUGGCCCCUCUUCGAUUCGGAGAUCGACGAUUUGUGCCCGGAGAGGGAGUCCAAGCGGGCGCGGCGAGGGGCGGAAAAACGCUCGGCGGGGGCUGAGGGGAUUCCGGCGACGUCCACGCUCAUGGAGGCGCAGGAGUUCGGUGAGAUGAUGGAGCACGUCGACGAGGUCAAUUUCGCCCUCGAUGGCCUCCGCAAGGGACAACCUCUGCGGAUCAGAAGGUCGAGUUUGGUUUCGCUGUUGACAAUUUGCUCCACUACGCACCAGAGAAGGCUUCUCAGGACUCAAGGGAUGGCAAAGACAAUAACCAAUGCCAUUUUGGGUCUCAGUCUUGAUGAUUCUCCCAGCAAUCUUGCAGCUGCAACCCUUUUGUACAUUUUGACCAGUGAUGGCCAAGAUGAUCACCUCCUUGAAUCACCUGGUUGUAUUCAAUUUCUAAUCAAGUUUUUAAGACCAAUUGUCACCACAGCCAUUAAAGACAAAACACCAAAAUUUGGCUAUAAACUUUUAUCAUUGCGUCAGAAUGAUGACAUGCUAAAAAAUACAACGGGAAGAUUGGAUUCUAGUUCUUCUGAAGUUUUUUCCAGAGUACAAGAAAUUCUAGUAAAUUGCAAACAGCUAAAAGCAUGUCAGAUUGACAAUGGGGUGGAGAGACCGGAAUUAUGCCCGAAGUGGUUAGCAUUGCUGACAAUGGAGAAGGCUUGUUUGUCUGCAAUUUCUCUUGAUGAAACCUCAGGCGCUGUACGGAAGACUGGUGGAAAUUUCAAGGAAAAAUUAAGGGAGCAUGGAGGACUGGAUGCGGUCUUUGAAGUCACCAUGGAUUGUCAUUCAGAUUUGGAGAACUGGAUGAAGGAUAGUUCUCUUUCUACCAAAGGUUCAAGAAAUGACAAACGUAUCAAGAGCCUAACCUUACUUCUCAAGUGCUUGAAGAUAAUGGAAAAUGCUACUUUCCUAAGCAAUGACAAUCAGAGUCAUUUGCUUGAAAUGAAAAGAAAAUUGAGUCCUCGGGGUCCCCCAAUUUCUUUUACUGAGCUGAUCAUAGCUGUCAUAAAGGUCCUCUCAGAUCUAUGUUUACGGCGGUGUGCCUCUGCUACAUCCAAUGAUAACAAGUCCGACGACCUGUUCUCUAUGGCCAGUCAUUGUUCUGAAUUGGAUCAGCUCAGAGACUAUAAAGAGAAUGAGACUUUGUCACGCGGUUCCAAUAGAGAGUAUCAUGGAGCAGAGAGAGGCUCUUAUGUUAAGAGUUCUAAUGCCUCUCAGAUCAGCCGAAUAUUGACAUGUAACCGGUUGGAAAGUUCGCUAUCCAUUUCUGAAACUCCUAGCACUUCAACUACUGAUACUUAUUCGCUAAAGAUGAGGGUCAGUUCUUCCACGUCUGGGUCUUGUAGUGGUGCAUCAAAGAGUUCGUACUGUAAAACGUCCAUGAUUCAAAAUAAUUCCAGGAAGAAUGUUCGCUUUAUGGAAUCUACCCCAGUUGUAAUAUUGGAUGAUAGCCAAGAUCCCUUUGCAUUUGAUGAGGAUGACAUUGCACCUUCUAAGUGGGAUCUGUUAUCAGGAAAACAAAAAAAGUCACAUUCUAAAAAGCAUGUGGUAGCAAGCAAAGAGUUCGAAAUUGAAUGUCAAUCUCACACAGCUGUUAGCCAACAAGAAUUAAGUAAUGGAGACGUCAAUUGUUCCAGCUCUGAUGUUGGUGAUGAAAAAGAUUCCAGCCUUCUAACUGACUGCCUUCUUACUGCUGUAAAGGUGCUCAUGAAUUUGACCAAUGACAAUCCUGUUGGUUGCCACCAAAUUGCUACCUAUGGAGGACUGGAGACUAUGUCUAUGUUAAUUGCCUAUCAUUUCCCUUCUUUCAGCUCGCCUUUGUCCUUUGAUCAGAUAAAAGAAAAUGCCGCCAGAAAUACCAAAGAUCAUCAAUCUGAUAGGCAUCUGACUGAUCACGAGUUAGAUUUCCUUGUUGCUAUUCUGGGCCUGCUUGUAAAUCUUGUUGAGAAGGAUGGUCAUAACAGAUCAAGGCUUGCAGCAGCCAGUGUUCUGCUACCUUCCUCGGCAGGCUUGUGUCAGGAGGUUCGGAGGGAUGUUAUUCAGUUAUUGUGCUCCAUUUUCUUGGCUAACCUGGGUGAAAGUGAAGGAGAUGGGGAAGAUAAGCAUUUACAACUGAACGAUGAGGCAGCUGUUCUACAAAGUGAAAAAGAAGCCGAGAAAAUGAUUGUGGAAGCUUAUUCUGCGCUGCUUUUGGCAUUUCUUUCCACUGAAAGUAAGAGCAUCCGUGCAGCAAUUGCUGACAAUCUUCCAGACCACAACUUAGCAAGUCUUGUACCGGUGUUGGACAGAUUUGUGGAAUUCCAUCUAUCUCUGAACAUGAUUUCGCCAGAGACUCAUAAAACUGUUAGCGAGGUCAUUGAAUCGUGUAGAAUUCGAUGAAAGCUCAAUGGGAAAACACUGUACAGCCACAGCUUAAUUUAGGGUUUGUUGUUAUUCCGGAGGAAAUGGGACUCCAUUACACCGAGUCUGACGAACUUUUAUUCUCGUUUCACAUCGCUUAUACCCUAUUUUUAUAUCACCAUGCUGGUGAUGAUGCUGAGUUGCUUGUAUACAAAAGUCAAUAGUGAGAUCCGUACCUAGCAUAGUUUGUGUGUAAUCAAUAGUGGUAAUUUUUUUCUCAAUAUUCUUGUUUAUUCAUUCAUUUUCUUGUAUCGGAAGCUUAUACCUGUCGUUUCAAUCACCCCACCUCCUUUGUUUCUUCAUCUUUUCUUCAACUUGAUGCAAGCAGCAGCUUAGUCAGUCCCGUGUAAUUUUAAUGCUAGUGGAGCUUUGUGCAUUACUGA